CCUGGUGACCCGAUGCCCGCUGUCCACCAAAUGACCUGAUGCCUGACGAUCCAAUGUCUGACCCAGUGCCAGCGGUCAUGCCAGUUGACUCGGAGCCCACUGUCGUGCCAGAUGACUCGGCGCCCGCCGCUCCGCCUGAGGGCCCGAGACCUGUCGCUCCACCUGGGGGUCCGGCGCCCGCCGCUCCGCCUGAGGGCCCGAGACCUGUCGCUCCACCUGGGGGUCCAGCGCCCGCCGCUCCGCCUGAGGGCCCGAGACCUGUCGCUCCGCCUGGGGGCCCGAGACCUGUCGCUCCACCUGAGGGUCCG